AUGACCACCAGGUAUCGCUAUCUUGAAGGUUUACCAUUGGAAUCCUACGAAGGUGUAUCUCCACGAAUCCUAAUAGGGAUGAACAACUGUCGAUUGGGCCAUGCCCUGAAAAGCGUAGAAGGAGAGGAAAAUGAACCGAUGGCGUGUGAAACCCGCCUUGGCUGGAUAGUAUAUGGACUCUGCACAAUGGAAUCCGCGGUGGUAAACGCUAAAUACAGCGGUCAUCACAGUUUCCACAUUAACCUGCGGGUUGGAGAGGUAAUGAACCCGAGCUUAGUCUUGAAAAGGUAUACUAUCGAACCACCAGGAACCUCUGGUUCAUAUAAGCUACCAACUUCGAAGGAUGAAGCAUGUACGUUGCAAAUCUUGUCUACGGAAACACGUGUGGCGGGUAACCAUUACGAGAGUAGCUUACUGACUAGCGAGUUCCCGAAAGUGCAUAACGACGAAAGGCGAAGUUCUAAGUUCGAUGAUCUUGAUUCAAAGUGGAGGCUCUACUCCCCAACGGUUCCAAAUUUUGGCGGCUGCUCGGGAUGCUUGGAACAGUCUGUCAAGAGGACCCUCAACGAUCUGAACACCUUGCGCGUGCCCCCUGACGAAUUCCUGCGUUCCAUGCUAAUGGAGAUUGAAAUAAUACUAAACUCGCGACCGCUCACUGACAUACCGUCAGAUAACGAUACUGAACCCCCCCUAAUACCGAACCGUUUUCUGUUAGAGUCGUCUAAUGGGAGAAAGCCCCCGAUCAGUCUCGACGAUAGACCUGUUGUUCUCAAGCACUCUUGGACGAUGGCCCAGCUGUACACGGACAUCUUUUGGAAGAAGUGGCUGAAUGAAUACCUACCUACUUUGACCUGGAAGACGAAGUUCCAGUCCAUAAAAUCCAUCGAGAAGGGCGAUCUUGUGCUGAUCGUCGACUGCAAUCUCCCAAGGAACUACUGGCCACGAGGUCGCGUGGUGGACACCGUCUUGGCUAAACACGGACAGGUUCGCCGAGUAAUCGUCCAGACAGCGAGAGGAGUUCUGGAGAGACCAGCGACCAAGGUAGUGUUGCGAGACGUCGGUGCAAUGGAAGGUAAGCCACAGUGA